AUGUGCUCUAUGCCUCCCUCAACUUCCCCUACCCGACAGCAGCUCGCUCGCUCUCUCGCUGUUCCGCUGUGGAGUAGAGAAGCUUUCGUAAGAAAUCUCAUGGCUCCUCCCUGGUGGAGCGGCGCCGCGCGACGCAUCGCGGGUGCCAUGUCAUCGUCAGCCGUUGCCACCAUAGCGACAGCCGGAGCCGCCGCCGCGUCGCUUGCAACAGCCACAUAUUAUUCCGCCUCGCCUUCCGCGGAUUCGGCUUCUGCUCGCGCCUCCGCCAUUGAAUCGCUGCGCGGGAGGGUGAUUAGCCACGUGGCAUCAUGUGAAGGGGACGCAACGGGCGCGGGAUCCGUCCCCGCGGGAUCGGGGGAGAGCGGGGGCGGCGCAACGGGGGAUAGUAGCGGGGGGAGCGGGAAGGAGGCGGUGAGAUCUGGGGGCGGAGCAGGUGGCGCGGAGGGGGAGAGCGCGCCAGGUGUAGGCGGAGCGGGGCACCAGGCGGGAUCCGCGGCGAUCUUCCCGCUAAAGCUGCUGCAGGUACAGUCACACUCAAACAGUCGCAAUAUCGCCGACAAAUUGCAACUCUACGUGCACGUGAUGUUCCGCCACGGCGACAGGGCGCCCAUGCCACGUGGCACGCCGUCAGAGGAGGAGGUGGCGCGGUGGGAGGCGAGGCUACAGCCGCGUCCCCCCGCGCACGUGCUGCCACACAGGCAGCACACGCGGGGGAUAGAGUGGCCCUUCGGCCAACUCACCAGGAAAGGCUUCUACGUGCUGCAGGGACUGCUGGGGUCGCAGGAGGGAGCAGCACAGGUGCCCAUUAAUAUAUGGGGCGAUGGCGAGGAGAACCUCUAUGAGAACGACCGCUGCGCCAGGGGAGUGAUGCUGUGGGGGCGGGCAUGGAAGGACCUUUCCCGUUCCACACGCAACCCCGAUGGUUCUUUCUCGGACCUUGGCUGGCGGGCGCAAUACCAGCAUGUGAGGGAGUCAAUGCGUUCCUUCUUCAACCUCCCUACUGGCCGCUUCCCUUGGCUCUGGGCAGUGGACUAUUCGGACUGCAGGCGCCAUCAUGGGGACCCCCUUCCCCCGGCGAUCACCCCGGCUCUUCUCGAUACAUUCCGCUUCCACCUCGCCCAGGACUACAUGCGCACCUUCUCUCACCAGGAGAUCUGUCGUCUAGCCAUGGGCCCGCUUCUGCACGAGGUGCAUGAGAGCAUGAAGGCCGCCAUUGCUCGUAACGCCACCACCAGCAGCAGUGACAGCAGCAACAGCAGCAGCUCGAUGCCACCCUCAAGUGGUGGUGGUCUAUCCCCGUCAUCCCCGUCAUCCCCUUCAUCCCCACCACCUGCACCAACAUCACCUCAACCGCGCAUCUUCCUCUAUUCAGGCCACGAUGCCACUCUCAUGCCCCUCUCAGUGGCGCUCGGCUGUCCAUACCCCUUCUGGCCCGGCUACGCAUCCUCCAUUGCACUGGAGCUCUGGGCAUCAAAUGACAACUCCACUCACUUCGCGAGAUUUGCACGCAUUCUAGAAUGGAGUGAGAUCAACAAGGAGCAGUACGAGAGGGAUUGCCAUGUUGCCAAGCCCAGGCUCUGA